AUGCUGGUCCCACUCCUAAUACUCUCGCUGCUGUGCGCGAACGUCGUCGAUGCGCUGCAUUCGACAGACACAAUCACUAGUGGUGGUGAUAAUACUAGGUCUGGGUAUCAACCCAACCAUAAUAUGGACCCUGCCGUCGUAGGAUCUUCCCAAUUCGGUAUUAUAUGGCGCAAGAAGCUGAGUGGCCGCUACAACGACUGGAAUGAACAGAUAUUUGCGCAGGCACUUAUAUACACACCCGACGAUGCCCAAUUCGUCUAUGUCGCGUCGCAGCAGAAUUGGGUCUACAAGAUCGAUGCGAAGACGGGUGACAUCCUGGUGUCGAAGAACUUGCAUAUCCCAUUCUUGGUCGCGGAACUGGAUAAUUGUAAUGAUAUCAGUCAGACUAUUGGAAGUACUGCUACGGGGGUGAUUGAUCCAGAUACAAACACAUGGUAUUUCACGAUGAAGACAUAUCGCGACCAGACUGGUGUUGAGAAAGGGAGGGCGAACGGAAGAUAUUAUGUUCACGCCCUCGACACUAGAACUCUAGAGGAGAAACCAAACUUCCCCAUUGAUCUAGAAGGAUUGAUCGCAAGUAACAAUGCGAUCAGAAUGUUCCAGGGAGGUAUCCAUCACCAACGGCCAGCGCUCAUGCAGAGUGGACCGUACAUUUAUGCCGGGUUUGCGUCGCAUUGUGUGCAAUACAACUUCACUGGUUGGAUCAUUGGCUGGCAUGGGACUACCGGCCAGAUUGUCGAGAAGUUUGCAACUGAGGGCGGGCCGGAGGACAAGAAGGGAGGUGGUGUAUGGAUGAGCGGUGGUGGUAUAGCACAGGAUUCACCCAAUCGCAUGUUCUUCGCUACCGGAAAUGGGUAUGCAUCCCAGCUCAGCAAUAUCCCGGUACCGGGAAGACAGCCUCCUACAGCGCUGGAAGAGGCGGUCGUCCAUAUGUCGAUUGCCGCUGAUGGAAGUUUAGGCGUGGUUGAUUUCUUCAUGCCAUGGGAAAAACAAGCAUUGGAUGGCGCGGAUAAAGAUCUUGGGACCUCAGGUAUCGCGCUUCUGGACCAGAAUGUUUUUAAGACACCGACCGUAGCUAGGAUUGGGUGCAUUACUGGGAAGUCUGGAAAACUCUACUUCCUAAAUCUUGACGAUCUUGGCGGCUACCAGAUGGGACCAAAUAAGAAGGAUGCUGUUCUUCAGACCACAGAACUGCUGAAUUCAGUCUUUGCAACUGCUGGAUCCUACCCGCUUGAGGGUGGUUACGUUUAUGUGAAUGUCGUUCAACACGAGACCGUCGUGUUUAAGUUCAGUGUUGGGUCAAACAACGAACCUAUUUUUACACAAGUCGCCCAAACGCUUGAGAAGACUGCUUAUGUACUCGGUGUCGGUCACGGCACAACUACAUCUCUCAACGGCCAAGCUGGAACCGGUCUUUACUGGGUGACAGAUAUCCAGGGUCUGAAUCUCCGAAUCUACAAAGCUGUUCCGGAGAAUGGCAUACUUGUUCUCCUCAAAGGUCUCAAUAUUCCGGGAAUGAUCAAGUUCAGUCGACCGAGUUUCGGAGAUGGAAGAGCCUACCUUACAACGAGUGAUGGCUAUCUCGUUGCCGUUGGCUCCCCCGUGAACCCGCCCCUCUUGUGUCAGUCCCCGGUCGAGUUUGGAAACGCUACUAUUGGCGAUGCGGGUGUUACGAAAGAUCUUAGCUGCACGGCCAAUAUUGCAGUCACAAUAACUGCGAUCGGUCCGAGAAUGGCACAGUAUUUCUCAGUGUCUGAGUUGCCGACGUUCCCGUUAACGUUGGCUGCAGGCAAAACAUUUACGUUUAAGACAACAUUCAAACCGACUGCACCCGGUCCUCUAUCCGAUGAUAUCUAUGUUAACACCACGAACUCCAUUGCCAACUAUGCAGAAAACACCCCGAUUGCAGUUAGGGGUGUUGCAAAAUCGUUGAGCCCAGUCCUAUCGAUCACUCCCAACACAGUUUCCUUCGCGGGUGUGAUUACGGGAGAGAAUCCUGAUGGAUAUGUUCGCUCCGUUGUGAUUGAGAAUGUCGGAAGCUCGGUGAUGACCAUUACUAGUUAUGAUAUCAGUAUCGUUAGUGAAUCUGGCCCUUUCCUCCCAGGUAACACAACGCAGGCGGGUCCGUUCAAGUUUACGGGCCUGCCGACAUCAAUCCCGGCCGAAUCAUCUGUUACUGUGUCCAUCAAUUUCAACCCGACUGGGAACGGAAACUACGGAGCGUAUGUCCGCGUGAACUCAGACGGUGGAAAUAAGUUCCUUACAGUUGUAGCCACUUCUGGUGGAUAUCCAAAAGCGAAGCUAGAAUUUGAAAAGGUCGAUGGAACUGGCUGGGUGGAAUACGACCCGAACGUCCCAUUCAGCUUUGGAACUGUCUACGAGCAGGUAACCCGCACCCUCAAACUCCGACUGACAAACGCCGGUGAUCAAGACGCUGGAAUUCUCGACGUCACUGUUUCCAAGCCCCCAACCGGUGUCGGAGCAGUGGUCGGCGCCCGCAAUGGUAUCGACCUCGGUGAAGGGACGCAGCUCCUCGCCGGGCAAUCUCAGACCGCACAGUUGUUCUGUUCAGUGCCCAAGUCGCAGGUCAAUGUAAAUGCGUACACACCUAAUGCUACAUGGACUAUGAACACAAAUGACCCGACGUUCGAGAAGCAGAAUAUUGUGUUUACCUGUGAUGCGGUAUCAGAGCAGUUAGGUCCCCUGAAGAAUGCGACGCAUGGCAGGUAUCGCUACAUUGGGUGCUUUAAAGAGAACAAUCCUGGGAGACAGCUGUCGUCGCAGUUGUAUGGCAGUGAUUUGAAUGAGAACGGGAUGUGUAUGAAUGCUUGUGCUGGGGCGACUCAGAAUUAUAUCUUCGCUGGGACUCAGUACCACCGUGAGUGCUGGUGCGGUAACACGAUUCCCACUUUGAAGGUUGGAGACGAGGACUGUAACUUUGACUGUACUGGGAAUGGUACACAAAUCUGCGGUGGUAAUGGCUACUUCGGCGGCGGGUCAUACAUUAGUCUCUUUGCGGACGAGAACCGCUACACCCCCGGCGAAGGGCCAAUUUCUUCUUCCACUACCACCGAUCUUACCGGCACUCCAACGCCAACUCCAUCUGCCCCAAUUGACAACCCAGGAAAUGGUAGCUUCACAUUCGCAGGUUGCUACACCGAGGCAACAACCGGCAGAGCACUAUCUGUUCUUCAAGGCUCAGACACAAUGGACGUAAACACAUGCCUAGGACUAUGCGCGGGAUACGCCUAUGCGGGUCUGGAGUACGGAAGGGAAUGUUGGUGUGGAAACACCCUCGGAGUAGGGUCAGCACUUACUGUCGUGACACAAUGUAGAAUGACCUGUGCUGGAAACCCAUACGAGUAUUGUGGUUCAGGCAGUAGGUUAAGUUUAUACACUAAAGCAGCUGUGGUGAGCUCUUCAAGUUCAACGACCGUAGAUUCCUCAACUACCAUCGAUCCUUCCUCGACACCUGUCACAGUUUCAUCUACCCCCACUCCUACUGUUCCUGUCCAUAAUCCUGGAAAUGUAAACUACGGUUUCCAGGGCUGCUAUACGGAGGCUACAGCUGGGCGUGCGCUACCUCAGCUUACAGGCGCCGAUGACAUGGAUAUUGCAAAAUGCUUGACCAUUUGCGGUGCGUAUGAGUACGCCGGUGUCGAGUAUGGGAGAGAAUGCUGGUGCGGUAAUACAUUGGGUGUCGGGGCGGUCCUUACUGAGCUGUCACAGUGCAGCAUGUUGUGCGCGGGAAACAAGUAUGAGUAUUGUGGAGCGGGGUCGAGGUUGAGUUUGUACAAGAAGAAGCCGGCAGAGGUGUCGUCAACUUUGAGUACUACUACACCUAUGGUGAGUGAUACAGCUACAGUAAGUGCUACGGCAUCAGGUAACGCUACGAUGUCUGCACCGGGGAGCGAUACUGCGACAACACCCUUGCCAUCAGACAGUAAUACUAUCCUGGCGGGAAAUUCCACCACAACGGCUGUAACUGCCACUACCCCCGCAUCGGACAAUACUAGCCCAGCGGACGUUUCUAGUACACUGGCUUCGUCUACUGUGCCUGUGGUAGAGUCUACCAGUACUACCACACCCGUUUCUAGCAGUAGUGAUACGCCAAUAGUUACUGCUGCCACCACACCAGGGGUAUCUGCUACUUCUACGCCGACUUCAAGUGUUGAAUCUAAUAAUACUACAACACCUGCAACGAGAAGUGACGCAUCUCCUAUAAUUUCACUUUUUAUAAGUGAUGUGACUACCACAUCUACUACUAGUACGGUGUCACCUUCUACCACUCCCAGUCUCUGGGAAUACCUAGGUUGCGCCAACGAAACUACCCCACGUGCUCUGAAUGGAGCAAGUAUCUCUGGCACCAUGACCCACGAGAAGUGUCAACAGUUUUGCUUGGAGCGUAAUUUUCCACUGGCAGGUCUUGAAUAUGGAAACGAGUGUUACUGCGGUUCUGCCCUCCAGAACGGCUCAAAACUCAAUCAGACAAAUUGUGCCAUGGCCUGUAGCGGGGACGCCUCCCUGAUCUGUGGAGGGCCCUCUCGGCUGAGUGUUUACAAUUACACUCUCUUUGUACCGCCUAUCAUAGUUCCAGCCGUUGGAACAUUUAUCUCGCAGGGAUGCUAUUCGGAGGCAACUACCGGAAGAGCGCUUUCUGGGUAUUCAUUUACAAAUACUACCGGCAUGACUGUAGAACUCUGUGUCGGUGUGUGCAAGGAUAGAUCGUUUAAAUAUGCGGGUUUGGAAUAUAGCCAAGAGUGCUACUGCGGAAACACGCUGGCCUCCACCUCAACCAAGAUUGAUGAUAGUCAGUGCAAUUCUCUAUGCAAAGGCAAUAAGCGUGAAUACUGUGGUGCUGGAAGUAAAUUGAAUGUUUAUUUCGACCAACCGUCGAAUAUUACCGCUAACGGGCUUCCGGCUUCUUCACCUUCGGAGAAGAGGAGGUAG